UUAGAUCUGGGUGCUUGUGAACAUGUGUUUUUUAGACACUUCGUAAACUUUCGUGUGAAAUGCAUGUAGCUUUUCUCUAAGAGAACGAAGUGUAUUGAUUGUAGUAUGUUUUUUUUUUUUAAACUAACCAAAGAUUUGCCACAGCGUCUUUGAUGCUUUCUUUAAAUGUCUGACAAAUCGGCAUUAACGGUGUUUUCUCCACUAAUGCGUACAGUCACAGUAAGAGGGCAGCAGAUCCAGCUUCACCUGGUGUAGUACGUUAGAGAGAAGAAGUAAAGCAACCAAUGACAGAAGCGGCGCGCUUAUGUUGAAACAAUGGCUGGUACAGAACCCGAAAUAAUCUUCAAAAAGGAGACCAUCAGCAAAGUGUUGACGCUGUUUUUCAAGGACGACAAAACCAAAGCCAGUAACGAUGCCGCCAGUCUCAUGACAGAAAUGUUGAAAAUUUUCGUUAUAGAAGCAGCUCAGCGAACGAUGAAACAGGCUGAGAAUGAAGACAGCACCGGUGUGGAUUUGGAGCAUGUUGAGAAAGUUUUGCCUCAGUUGCUUUUGGAUUUCUGAUGCUCUAUCAAGGGUCAGUAGAUGGUGCCAUAGUUUUGCUGAACUGAUGCAGCCUGGACCUUUCCUAUCAUUUUGCAGAAGUGAUUUUCCACAGUCUAAAAAUCUAUAUUCUGCAGUCUUCAAUCAGCUAUAAUGUAUACUAAAUAGAAACAAGACAAUGUGACCAGUCAGUUGUACUUUUAUGAUUUAUCAUUAAGAGCCACUUUAAAUCAAGUUUAGGCUAUUUAACACCGUUGGUGGUGAUUUUAAAAUAGUCUUAUUUGUUUUUUGGAAACCAUUUCAGUUGCUUAAAUGUAUGCAUCUCAGUUGUUUACACAGUUUUUACACAAAGUUUACACAGUCCUUUUUGCAGUUUUUUGUGUAGGUUGCUCCUGUAGCGUGGUUCGAGAAGCAUCCAUAAGAGAAUGCACAUGUUUCUGUAGGCCACCUGUGCAGGGCUGAGCAGCAGGUGCUUCCAGCACGCUUCUCUCUACUCUUCCAUCAAAACCUCUUGAAGCAGUUGGAAGUAAUUAGAGUAAUAAGGGAAGCAGUGAGCCCCAUAAAUGAUGAGUGUCAGGAAAAAGGACUAUACCCCCAGCUACUUUGAAGUUUUCCUUGUUUCUUUUUGCUUCCUGCAGUGUGGUUUAGUUAGAGCUAUCUGUUAGAUGAGGAGCAGCAGUAUGUGUUCGAAUAUGCAUGUGUGUGAGAGUGUCAGGCUGUGCCCACACACAUGGAUGGGACAGCAAACAGAAAGAUGAAGGUGUAAUUUUGGAGAGUAGACAUACACAUAAUUACCCUUUAUGUUGUUUGAACAUGAUAUGCUUGAAAUAAAAUCUUGUUACAUUAACUUGCAUUAAACAUAAGAACAUUUUUUCCUUUCUACCCAGAGAAAAGAACUAUUCUGUAUCUUCUUAAUGUCAUUUACCUCUCGUAGACAUAGUAAAGUUUUAUUCAAAAUAAGUGUGAGAUUUAAGCAAUUUACUCCUAUUUUUGAAAUUCAGCCCCUUAAACAACCCUUGAAUUUUCUCACUUUAAUCAAAAUAUUGUCUCACAGAAGUCUCAACUACUUUGUGUCUGACUCAUCUCAUCUGAAGUUUAACUUAAAAAUAUUUACAUAAGAAAAGUAUGAGAUCAUUAGUUUAUUAUAUAGCUCUCUGUCUCUUACAUCUGCUUGCAUUUGUUUACAACAAGCUAGAGGACAGUAUAGAGUAUUUCACAAUUCUGACCGAUUACUGGAAGAUAAUACAUUCUGGAUGGAUGUGAACCUAUCCAUAUGGACACACAAUGAAAUGUACCAGUUUGGAUAUUUGAUGAUGCAAAAAGUAGUUAUUCAUAUUGUGCCAAAUUUAUAAUUUGAAUAUUUAAAAUAAGAAAAUUAAAGAACCCUAUAUGUAACCUAUUACAUGUAACUCCACCACUCUUUGAACUCCCUGUUCUACACCAUUCUCUUUGAAUGGCUAAUUCCAUGGCUUUAUGUGAAUGAAUGAAUUUUGGAGGUCUUUGUGCAUGUUAGAACAAUAUUGUACAAUUGUUAUUACAAGCAUGCGCUACUGUUCAAAAUUUCUCAUAAUGUUUUCAUACACAGUAUGAAGUUGUACAGUUCAGAUGUUAAUAUUAUAAACUAGUUACCAAGAUGUAUUUUUGAGUGUUUAAAGUACUUUGGGUAACAAGGCAUCAAUAAAUUGUAAAUCAUAAACAGUAAUAGUGUAUUUACAGUAAUUUGUCAUGUUUUAUGCCACAAGAUUUGAUCACCUAGUUAUUAAUUUUAUUACAAUUCUAGAUUUUAUAUAGCUUUGUCACCACUUUUUUUAAAAACAGCUUUCUGGCUUCCUAAUAAUUAUUUGAAAUAUGUAAAAUUAUACAAGACUAGCAAAUCAGAAUGCAAUUAUCUGCAAUCAAGUAGGUUUAAUAUUGUCAAAAACGUUUCCCUUCUCAUGUUAAGUCCACACUUAAAAAUGACGGUUCUUCAAGGGUUCUUUAGUAAAGAAAAUUGUUUUAUACAGAAUUAUGAAAACGCAAUGAACCCUUUGUAUGAUUAAAGGGAUGUUUGCAUCAUGAAAGAGUUAUUCAGAUUGAUGGAGAAUGUGCUGUAGAUGGUUCUGCAUAGAACC